GGAAGCGGAACUGCGUCACCGAGGCAAGAUGGCCGCGCCCAGGGCGAUGCCCCGGCGGGAAGUGUGGAGCCGCACCAGGGAAAAGCUGAGGAGCUUCCCACACCUGAUGGCAGCGUGUGCCGCAGAGGCAUCAGCAUAUGGGAGGUGUGUGGCUGCAAAUACUCAGGGGAGCAAGGACCUCAGAAAGGACAAGUGUGCAAAUGAGUUUCAGGUGCUUAAGAACUGCUUUACAGAAAAUGCCAAAAAAGCAAGGUAAAAAGCAAGAUUGAUCUCUGCAAAGAAGUUCAUACACCACUACUACAUAAAAAGACCAUCCCAUCAGUUGGUUGUCAAGUAAAUCUGAACAUCAAUUCCUGUAGCAGGAGAACCAUGAUUUAAGAGACAAAUGUACUGAAGAGAAGCAUGAACUCAACAGAACAAUAUAUUGUUUAUUUUCUUGGCUUGGUGCAUUUUGUGAAAGAUUUUCAAAUAUUAAAUCUUUCAUGUUGCAUCCAAUAUUUGUAGAACAGCCAUGACUUAGGACAAAUGUGGUAUAUCUGUUCCUGAAUCCCAAAUACUGCUUUGGUACUGUGACUUCAGAUUUCUCACUUUUAAAAGUGUAACCUUACUGACCACAAUUGUUUAAAAUAACACUGCAAUAUGAAUGAGAAUUAAAUAGAUUGAGAUUUUUGUCUUGUUUGGCAAGUUAUUAUAUGACUAGCUGUUUGCUUAAUUAAUUGUUUCCAUAUUUUGUAUAAUUAAAUAAUAAAUGUCUUGAAUACA